GUUACUGAUGGGAUUGUAAUAAAAUCCCCUCCUGGUAUCAUCCCCAGAGGUGUCCCCAAGAGCCAUGGCCGCAGUGCUUCAUGUGUUGGGGCUGACGCUUAUCUCAUGUGUAUUGUAUGUGUCGGGGAAUAUAAGACCUAGAGAAGUUAAUGAUCCUGCUCCCAUAGAUUGCCAGCUGAGCAGCUGGGGCACGUGGACCGAAUGUGACCCAUGCACAGAAAGGAAGUAUCGUUCUCGAAGCAUCGUGAGAUUUGGCCAGUUCGGUGGAGCUCGCUGUCUCAGCUCCCUAGGAGAAGUUCAACGCUGCAGAUCAGAUAAAGCUUGUGAGGAGGAAAGGAUCGACUGUGGAAACGAUUAUGAGUGCGAGACAGGUCGAUGUAUUAAACAGCGGUUUAUGUGUAACGGUGACGAUGAUUGUGGAGAUUAUUCCGAUGAAGUCUGCGAUGACAAAGAUCCAACGCCGGUGUGUCGCAAUAUGGAGAUUGAACUGUCAGAGAUAGGAAGAACAGCCGGAGAUGGCGUUAAUAUCCUGGGAAUGGAAACGAGAAGAAAUCCUUUUGACAAUGAAUAUUUCAAUGGGAUCUGUAACAGAGUCCGAGACGGUAAUACAAAGACCUAUUAUCGGGUACCGUGGAAUGCUGCUUCUCUAGUCUAUCAGACGAAAGCAGAUAAAUCCUUCACUACAGAAACCUUUAAGAACUCGAUUGACGUGCUGUCCCAAGUUGUCAAAGAAAAGAAUGAACAUUUUGAAGCUUCGCUUUCUUUGAAAUUGACACCGACGGAAAUAAACAAGGAUAAAUUGAAUGUUACGAUCGGGGUGAAACAGUUUAGUAAUGCAACGCUGAGUAAACUGAAGGAAUUGUCGAAAACAGAGAAUAAAGAAUUUAUGAGGGUUACAGGAACCAUCCAGUUGGCAACUUUCCACAUGAGAACACGGAAUUACAUGUUAUCUAACUCUUUUAUUGAAGACAUCAAAAGUCUCCCCUCUUUUUACGACAAGGCAGAAUAUUUUUCUCUGAUGGAGAUGUACGGCACUCAUUACACUAUAUCUGGGAGUGUUGGUGGAAAAUAUGACCUGGUGUACAUCCUGGACACAAAUAAAUUAAAUAGUAAUCAGAUCACACAUGCAGAUGUGAAAUCCUGCCUUGGCUACAAUAUUGGUGUAAAUCUGGCAGCCGAAGGAGUUAAGGGAGACCUGAAUGUAGAUGGUUCAAAAUGUGAAAAGGUCCUAGAUUACCAGAAGGAGAAGCUGGAUAAAUCUGGUGUCAUCGACAAUGUGGUGUCUCUCACGGAGGGGGGAACUGUGGCUUUUGCAGCCAAACUCGAUGCAAAACUUCUGCAAAACAAACAAGUUGAUAUUGAUGAUUUUGUGGAGUGGUCUUCUUCUUUGGUAGAUGCCCCCAUAAUUAUAAAACAGAAGCCUUCGCCUCUUCAUACUCUGAUUCCGAUCGAUCUAAAAGACGCGUAUAAUAAGUCGCGUAAUUUGGAAAAAGCCACUGAGGAAUACAUGAAUGAGUACAGCAGAUGCAAAUGUCAGCCUUGUAAGAACGGCGGUACUGUGAUGGUGGUAGAUGGGGAAUGUUUGUGUAAAUGCCCCGAGCGGUUUAAAGGUUUGGCAUGCCAGACACCAAAGAGUGGAUUAUAUGAUAACCAUUCUGAUGCUGUUGAUGGAAAUUGGGGUUGCUGGGAAGACUCAUCAUCCUGCGAUGCCGGAGAAAAAACUCAGACUCGUCAAUGUGACAACCCUGCUCCAGAAUCUGGUGGUAAACCCUGCCAGGGGGAUAAGAUCCGAAAAGUCACCUGCUGAUCAGAGGAUGUCUCCUGUUCAAGCAAUGGGCGCUCUGUCCACUCCUACAAUAAUCAUAAGAUAGACAGACCAGCAGCUGGAUAACCGACUGGACACCACUCAUCAAUGAUUUGUAAAGAGUUUUGUGAAAUGCAGAAAUAAAAGUUGAUGGCAUCA